AGGAACAGGAAGCGAGAGCAGCGAACGCUGCCGCACAUACUGCAACCACGGCUGCCGGUGCUCCGUUAAGGAACGGAUCUUCAGGACCUGCGGCCAGAGGUGGUGGUGGUGGUGGUGGAGGAAAUGUGUUAAAACAGCAACAGCAACAGCAGCAGCAGCAGCAACAACAACAUGCUAAGAAUACCGGAACCGGUCCGAAAGCGAACGGACAACCGGGUCAUCAGCGACCACCACGUAGUCCGUCGAAAACGAAACCAUCGGACUGGUACUCGCAUGAUGAUCGUCGUGGACCAGCGUCCCGAUCCAGUCGUAAGCAGGAACAACCCAAAAAGACCACCACGACGAAUGGGGAUGGUAAUGGAGGUCAGUUAGGAGGAAAGCCCGUGAAUCCACCACAAAACCCAGUCUGGGAUUGGGCUGCCGAAGAUGAUGAUUACUACGAGCCGGAACCGCGUGGUGCCCCGGAUCGUCAUAGCGGAGCGGAACGUGCGACAUACGAACAGCGAAAGGAGCAGAUGAUCAAUUGGGCUACCGAGGAAGAUGCUAAACCUGUGCCGAACGCCGCUCCUGCCCCUACCAAACCAAUAGUAUGGGAUUGGGCCGCCGAUGAUGAUGACGACUAUCAACCGGUGGCUGUGAAUGGUGGCCCGGGUGGCAACAACAAGCAAACCAUUGUAACCAAAACCAAGCCUUCACCACCGCGACCACGAGAGCCCAAAAAGUGGGAUUGGGCUGCGGACGAGGACGAGGAGGAUGAUUAUGUGGCUUACAGUGCUUCCGCGGGCAGCAGCAAUACCGGUGGAGGUGGCAAGAAUCUCCCCGAGCGUGACAUCGGUGCGCUCUCGACGGCCUACAAAGAACGGUUGUCGCUUGACGGUGAUCGUCGCUCGGCAAGGAAACCUAAUCCGAAAGCCCAUGCAUGAGGCAACACAGCACACGUGGUUGUGUGUUGCCAUGGGCAACAUGAGAGCAGUAGAGAACCUUUGCGUCACCCGUUGCGUUGUGAUCGUUUCUCUUGAGCGACGGGAUAGGAAAAGAUUGAAACAAUUGUACAUUAAGAAUUAGUUUUUACUCAAAGACUGACCAGGGGGUGAGGACGGGGCCCAUAGACUCAGUGGCGCAUUCGGACACUCUGUGGCACACUUUUCUUAUGCAAGUAUCACGACGCGUGUUCAGUUAGAGACACAGCAGAAGCA